AUGGCCGAGGAAGAGACGCAGUUCGCAUGUUUUACGCAUGAUGUUUGUGAGGCUAUUCAACGAGUAUGGCACGAUACGGCCGUGCAAAAGAUCUACGAAAGGAGGAGCGAAAUCAACCUCAACGACAGUUCCAAAUAUUUUCUGGAAAACUUGGCAUCAAUAAAUACGCUCGACUUCACGCCAACUCCCCGUGAUCUGAUCAUGAGCUAUGUGCCAACGGUCGGAGUGCAAAACGUCAUUUUCUCCGUGGACAACCAUGUGUUCCAUGCUAUCUUCUUCUGUAUCGCAAUUUCGGAAUACGACCAGAUGAUGGACGAAGAUCCGGAAAUGAAUCGCCUUCAAGAUGCACUGGCGCUGUUGGAGAAAAUCAACAAGGAGCCGAAAUUCCAAAAAACUCCCUUCUUGCUAUUUCUCAACGAAGUUGACGUAUUUCGAGAAAAACUGCCGCUUAUGCCACUUCAGGAUCACUGGCCUGAUUACAAA